GACUAUUAGUGGAAAACAUGUUAGUACAGUUUAAAACCUUUGAAUUUCGAAUAUACGGGCAUUAGUGUUUCUCGCUUAAUCCGAAUUUGUGAAGGAGAUUUGUUUAUUCGACUCUGCAAAUUCCAUACAAAUUGAGGUUACUCUACGCAUUGAUUAACCAAUUUUGUUAGAUUUCAACUUCAAGAGGAAAACAAGACCAUAUUCUAUUGCAAAACUGUUGUCAAGUAUGGGUGGAACCGAAGAAAAAGAUAAACAUGGGGAUGAAGUUGAGAAGAAAGAUAAGAAGGAAAAGAAAGAGAAAGCCGUUGAUGAAAGUGGAAAAGAAGAAGAAAAAUCUAAGGAGAAAAAGAAGAAGAAAGACAAGGAUGGAAAAAAGACGGAAGAAAAUGAAGAAGGUGGGAAAGAAAAGAAGAAAAAAGACAAGGAAGGAAAAGAAAAGAAGAAGAACCCUGAAGACAAGAAGGAUCCUGUAAUGCUUAAGCAAAAGCUUGAAAAAUUAGACUCCAAGAUUCAGGCUAUGGUGGCUAAGAGAGAAGAGAUUUUGAAGCUACUUAAACAAGUCGAAACAAAUCCAACUGAACCUCCUGCAGCUUCUUCUUAGAUUAUUUGUAAAUAUUAAAAUAUUACAUUAUCUCUAUAAGAUUAUUUUGAAAUAAUUAAGAGAUAUGAUACACAUACACUAAAA